AUGUCUGAUUUUUCAAGCGAUAGUGAUGAUGGUAUUCUCUUCCAAGACAGACCAAACAACGCAAAUUUCCAGGAACGUCUGAUGCAAGCAAAGGAGAGCACGGAAUCGGGCCCAAUGGACCAAGACGCACGAUUCAUGGACUUUUACGACUCGGAUGACACAGCCACAUUGAAAAGCCAGUUGGAGCGAUUGAGCAAGAAAGUGCUGCAAAUGGAGAGCCGUGUUGAGGAAAGAGAGCAAAAGUUGAGAGCACGCAGACAGGAGCGAGACAUGGAAGCUGGCCUUACCAAUAUGACUACAGAGGAGAGAGCAGCAUAUGUUGCACAACAAGAAGAGAAGGAAGCAAAAUUGAGGAAGCAAAGACAGAAGCUACGAAAGAAACUGCUGAAUGAGGAGAUGAAGCAGCAGGUGGACAAAGGCAUGGACUCCAAUGAUGAGGAAGAGGACGAGAAUGGCCAGGAAGAAGAGGAGGAUCCAGCGCACCCAACAGAAGACAAGCCCAACUGGGAUGCUGUCUAUGAGUACAUGCUGCUUUUGGAAAAUGAGAAUCAGGAGGAUGAGUUGAUAUUUGGCAGUGACUUUGUAAGCCCAAAUGCUCGAAUGCGUCGAGAAGCGUUGACAAAUGAACAAGUAACCAAGCAAACCAAGUAUUCUGGCAUUGUUGUGCAGCACGCAACACAAACCUUUGAGGAUGACAUUGAGUUAGGGACAGGCGAAGUUAGACAUUGCACCUUGUCCGGUACAUCGUAUCAUCUGCCAUUCAAGGUGAAGUAUGAUGUGCGUGAGCCCAGCAUGGUCAUUGCGAAUCUGGACUUUGAAGUGGACAUAGAGAUGCAAUUGGCAGUUGGAAGUACAUUACAAAAAAUCAAGAACGAGUGUCACUUGCUAGGCUUCUUCCGAUUAUUAGUGCACUAUGCCAAGCUGGAAAACAGCAGAAAAGAGAUUUUCAACCUAUUGAUGGACCAUUAUAAAGAUACCCCAGUGAAUGUAAUCAUGCUUUCACAGCACAAGCUUCAAUUUGAGGGCGCUGCCAAUUGCGGCAUCAACCUGCUAUUGUCCUGGAAGCUAGUAGAGACACAUACGGACAGAGAAAAACUAGAUGCCAAUAUUACGAACGAUGUGAAGCCUGAUUUAACCAUGGAGGCAGUGGCACUGCCAGCAGUGAUAGCAAAAGACGCAAAUGGGGUAUUGGACAAGGUGAAUGAUGCAUUUAUCCACUCGUUGAUGCAAAAAGGGGUUUACCAAGGAACAAAGUAUAUUGUAGACAGCAUUCUAUCCACUAAUAAGCAACAGACCAAAUAA